GGAGGGGGGACUUGAAUAUAUAUUCACCUCUCCUCUCCGUCACUCACUCAUUCACUCACUCACUCAUUCCGAGUCUGUCCGUCAGACUCAAGCGGACACGCGCAAGCCGGAGACGCGCAAAGAGGUCACGCGCAAAAGCGGACACGCGGAGCCGCAUCGGCGCUACUAAAGCCGCUCAUCCUCUCUUUAUAGACUGUCGCGGAGUUGUAAAAGAGUCUCUCCGUGGAGGAGUGUGUGUGUGUGUGUGUGUGUGUGUGUGUGUGUGUGACAGUGUGGAGGUGUAACUAACAGAAGAGUCUGUUUCAUAAAAGUUUCAUAAACUUUACAACACAAGGCGAACGGAAGGAAAUAAAGUUCAUAUCAGAUAAAAUUAGGAAAAUGAUGCGCCAGGAAGUCCAUCAGGCUCACCUCGUGCUGCUGUUGGCCGCUGCAGUGGGGUGUGUUCAGGUGCAGGACCACGCGCUGAUGUUGUCCAAUGAGAGGAGCACGAUAGAGAGAACGUACGAGCUGACCAAAUACCUGAACCACCAGCUGAAGGAAAUUAAAGACACUUACCUCUCAUAUCUCGGUCCUCCAUUCAGUGAUCCAGGCUUUUCACCACCAAGACCCAACAUCUCCUCCCUGGCGGUUCCCAGUGCAGCCACGCGGGAGGACCUGUGGCGCGGUCUUGAGAACGGUGCCCGUCUGGCACAGAACCAGCGAGCCUACAGUGUUCUGCUGAGCGCUGUGCGUGAGCUGGCACGCUCCACACUGUGUCCUUACCUCCAAAGCUCACUCUUUCACUUCUGCUCCGGCCUGAGUGGACUCCUGGGCUCCAUCUCAGGGCUAAUGAAUGCCCUGGGCUACACCCCGCCCCUGCACGGCAACGCUCCCCCUUCUCAGAAAUACACACCGCUUUUGUCUUCUCAGUAUCAACGGGCAAAUGUGAACGGCCCUGCCCCGCUGAGGAACCAGGCAUCUCGGGCGCAGAGUGGCCUGGGAGGAAUGAGGGACGGAACAGCUGGAUAUGAAACGGAGCGGAAGCGGGAUAGAGAAAGGGAGAGGGCUGAGCGAGGGAGGAGAGGGAGGCGGAGAGAGGGGGAGAGCUGGGCGGAGAGAGAGGAGGAGGAGAGGGAAGAAGGUAUGGAGAGGUGGAGGAGGAGGAGAAGAUUGCUGACUAUUGAAGAGGAGGACGGCGGUAAACAAACAAGCCACAGUUACGAUCCAAACAGCAACAACAAUAACAACAUGAACAGCAACCACACAAGUUCCAAGCACUAUUUCAGCAAAUAUGGCAGCGGUAAAGACUUUAACAUCAACAGCACAGGCAGUGAUGCCCGGCUUCCCACGGAAACGGAGAGCGAAGCUAGUAUAAGCAGAGAGGAAGAGGCAGAUGAGUUUCAGGCAGACGUUCCUGUCCUCUUUUCCUCUACGUCCCUCCAUUCCGGGCGCUCAGGACACCCCAUAUCCUCUCCCCACCCACCGCUCUCUCCCCUGUCCCUCCUUUACGCAUACGAAGACGGGGUCACUGAGGUCGACUCGCAUUUGAGCAUGGCCGCUCCUUCGCCACGCCCUGCCCUCAACGACUUCACACGGAAAGUGGAGGGAUUUUGGGUACUCAGAGAGCUGCAGAGUUGGCUGUUUAGAUCAGCCAAAGACUUCACCAGACUGAAGAAGCGACUCCGUGUCUGAGUGCCUAACUCUAUGUGUGUGUCAGCGUUUGUCUAUGUGUGUGUGUGUCUGAAUGAAUGAAUGAAUGGAAGUUUUUGCAGAAAGAAACUCAAAAGGACUCACAUUUUGCACUUGCAUGGAAAAAGAGAACUCAUCCUGAUAAACAAAAAAGAAGACAAAAGAAGAGAAACAAGCGACUUUUCAGAGCGAGAGGCGAGUCAGCAGCUUGAGGAACGUGAAUCACAUUUCCGUCUUUUUGAGACGGAUGAAAGGAAGACAUGAGACGGAAAUAAAGGGGUAGAAAGUGUCUGCUGUCUCAGAAACUGACUCAGCACGUGGUGACCCGUGAUUACUGGGUGCUUUUAUGCUCACACACUGUCACACUUCUCAUAAAGGGCUGUGUCAUGCAUCUCUGUAACCACUUACUGUCAUAUUGGGCUUUUUUCCACUGCAAGCGUCUGAACCUUCGACAUCAGAUUACAAUAAAUGUGUUCUUUUUUUAACAUUGACCACUGACGAAUAUUGGUACGAGUCAGAAAUUCGUUACUGCUAACAGCAGCCACAUUGUGAGAAUUAAACAGAAUAAAGUAGGCUAUAUAAAGACUUGUGAACAUAUUCAUACCAUGUUAUGAUGCAUAAAUAAAUCUUUCUACUUAUUGUUAUAUUCUCAAUUACUUAUGAAAAGCUAUUACAGUUUAUCAACAUAGUAGUAAUGCAUUUAUUCAAUAUUAUACAUUCAUUCAUUAUUAUAAUGCAGACGUUCAGCCCAUUUUCUCAGUGGAUUAUCUUUAUUUUUUAUUUAUUUAUUUAUU